AUGGAUGCCCUGAACCUUCGUCUUGCCGAAGAGAAAAACUUCCAUAGUGAAAUCCUCUUAUUUUCAUUCAAUCCAGAGCACGAUAUCAUUGUUGUUUGCUCUGCAAAUGGUGAUGUCAUCGCUUAUCAAGCAUAUAUUCGUAAAGUUUGGGCACUCGGUACUCGAAAUCAACGUAAAAAACCAGUCGGUCUUGCCUGGAGACCCGAUGGACAAGUUCUCGCUGUGACAUUUUCCAAUCGUUCACUUGUAUUAGCGUCAGUUCAAGAUGGACAUACUCUCUCAUCGGAAACAUUACCAUUCGAAAUCCGUGCUUGUAAUUGGGUUGAACGUAUAACAGGACAGAAGGAUGAGAAUGUUCAUACGGAAUUUGAAACAGCACCUAUUGACGAUUAUCUUCCAGUUCUUGUUGAUCUACCGUCGAGCAAUCGAACAAGAAAACAUGUUGUCGAUCCACCCGAUGAUCUCUUCGCAUUAGAUAAACAAACUAAACUAAAUAUUUUAAUUUUAGUUGGUUCAAAUGAUGUUCUACUUCGUGCGUUCGGUCUCUGGCCACUACUCAUCAUUAAUCGAACGUCGCUACCAACUGAUCAAACCAUUCUCUCUGUAACGAUGUCAUCUUCACUCGAUACUCUCUGUUUGUUAACAAAAUCUGAUACAUCAAUGAAUUAUUCUCUCUCGGAAAGUACAUCAUUCUUAUCCGAUUGUCAUAACGAUUACGUUCACUUAACGCGUUCACUGUGUCGAAUAAAAAGUUUGAUUCUGUUCAAUGAUAAAAUCUUUACAACAUUAACUGAAUUGACAACGAAAUGUUUCGCUGACUUUCAAACACGUGUCAACACAUUCUGUCAAACAAUGCGACAACAGGAAACCAAACAGUGGACAUUCCAAUGCGAGUUAAUGUCAUUACUGGCCACAGGAAAUUGUUCGGAGCCAAUGCAACAGAAUUUCUUCGGCAAUAUUUUCGAUUACGGCUAUGCGAAGAAGUUAGUCGCAGCUUUCGAAGAGACAAGAGCCAAAUCGAAAGAACUAAUUAUCAUGUUCGGAAGAACGAUCGAACACAUUUUUGGAUAUUUAUUGGAAACUAAAGGAUUACAACAAUGGUAUGGAAAAUUCGAUCAACUCGAAUUCGAUCCAACGAUUCUUCAGUCUUGUCUAUCCGAUGCUGGAAGUCUUCUCUUGAAAAUCAACGAAUAUACAGAUUUUAUUCACGAAAUGUCAGAUAUGUAUUCUUUCUUUUUACGAUGGCUUGGUUUCGUUGCACAUCAAUUGCACACAUCGAAGCAUAACACAAGCACUCAUCACGAUGAACAAAUUGAAUGUACAGAAGCAGACUGGGAUCACUUGAUCGAAUUUAUCGAUUCGUACUGUUCAUUCGAUGAACCUGUACUCGAUAUAUUCUCGAUGUACCUCAAAUCGGAAAACUUACCGGAAACACUUAUUCGUGAUUCCACUUACAGGAAAUUGCUCGAUCAUUCAAAUAACAAUAAGCAAACAUUCUUUUCACCUAAAUCUCAACGAUCACUAUUGGGUGCUUAUCAAGAUUUGAAACAAUCGAUGGCAAAAGCAUUUGAAAUUCGUUCGCAAAACUCUGCUUCUCAAACGAACAAAUCAUUACCAUUACUUGCUUCAAUACCACUUGAUCAACAAUCAUCAUCAGCUGUUGAAUUCGAUUACCGUCGAGGUCAACAAGCGAUCAGCUACAUUCUUCAGCAAAAUCCUCUACAGUUCCAUUUAAUUAUUUAUACAUCAACUCAUAAACAAUGCCUUGUCCGACUGAUCGAUCUUCAGAAUAUUCUUGGUCCCCAUCGCUCCAUUGCUAGUUUCAAAUUUUAUGAUGAUGACAAACUAGCCGUUGUGUGUAGCAAUACAGCUGAUCUGAAUAGUGCGAAUACUACUGAAACAACUAUCUUUAAUAAAAACCACCAAUCAAAUUUUAUGAUCGUUAGCAUAAAAUCAUCGAUUGAUAGUCAAACAAUUGAUUUUAUCGGAAAUAAUACAAAUAUUAUCCUCUCGUAUCCGUUGAAAGAUGUUCCAUCAAAAUUAACUGUCGAUGGUAGACGCAAUCUAAUUGCCGUGUGGUCAAAAAAUCGCAAGCUAACUACGUUUAUCUACACGCCAUCAGAUGAUCUGAGUCAAGGUUCUUCGGUCUCGCAAAUUCCUGUUCGAAUGGACGAUGAAAGUACACUGGUUCAGUCAGGCUCAAUCACAACGAUGAUCUCAUCUCAAGAAAGUCUACGAUAG